AUGGCGUCGCCGGAAGCUCCCCUUCGCUACGUCGGUGUUGACCGGAGCUCCGCCGCGUUCCGGCUAAUGAAACAAAUGGGAUGGGAAGAAGGAGAAGGGCUUGGAAGAGAAAAACAAGGUAUCAAAGGAUAUCUCAGGGUGAAGAACAAGCAGGAUACUUUAGGUAUAGGAACAGAGAAGCCAAAUGCAUGGGCAUUUGAUACCUCUCAAUUUGAUAGCAUUCUCAAGAAACUUAAAGUGCAAGCUGUUGACAUCAGCGUCAAGAAAGCUGACGAAAAAGAUGGACAUAAAGAAGAUGCAGAACUCAGUGCUUCUAAGGAUAAUAAAGAUACAGGUGCGAAGGUUACUCGACCACAAGGAAGAUAUACGAAAAGGGAGAAGGGGAAGCGAGUAAAUGCAUAUUCAUCCAAAGAUCUUGAAGGAAUCCUUGUAAAUAGGACCAAGUCUCCUGAGGUUAAUACUGCUGAGGAAGCAUCAAAUGAAGAAAAGUUAAUUGAAAUCCUUGUACCUGACGUGGAAGAAAUAGUUCAAGAAGUUCCACAAGAUUGGUGGGGGCACAAAUUUGGGUUUGUUACUGGAGGUUUGCUUGGUGCUGAAUCUCGAAGAAAAAAGUCCCACGACAGGACAACAUUCAAUGAAGAUGAUCAAGAAAAUCUUUACAAACUUGUUCAGGACAAGGCCACAUCUGGCAAACAAGGGCUUGGUAUCAAGGACCGUACCAAGAAAAUUGCAGGCUGUUACUUUGAAGGAAAAAAGACUACUUUUGGAGACAGCGAUGAUGAGAAUUCUUCUGAUUCACGUUCUCGUUCUUCAGUGAAAAGGAAACAUGAAAAUAUUUCAGAGACAGAUAACAUUGUGGGGCCUAAACAGAAACUUAAGAAGUUGUGCAGAAAACUUCUUCGGCAGGCACCCGGGGAGUCAUUAAAGCUGAAACAGCUCAAAGUUCUUAUCGAUGAACAUUCACCUUCUACAUUCUCCAGCUUUUCUUCGGAUGAGGCCCUUACCUUAUUAAAAACCAAGCUUGAAAACAGUGAUAGAUUUUCAGUUAAAGGAAAGAAAGUCUUGCUUACAAAAUGA